AUGGUGUGUGUGACGUCAUGUCCAGUCCUCAACUGUCCAGACAGAGGUAUGUCUGUCUCCACUGUCAUGUCCAGUGGUCAGCAUGGUGUGUGUGUGACUUCAGCCAAGACAGAGGUGGGUCUGUCUCCACUGCCAUGUCCAGUGGUCAGCAUGGUGUGUCCCCCGGGAGCAAAGGCAGGCACUGCCGUCCACGAGGACAAAGCUGUCGGUCGCCCAGGGAAGAUCAGUGGUGGUGGUUGGUCACGGGGCCCAGCGCCGCCCAAGCUCGUCACCAUCAUCGCCUCCAAAGCUGUAGCCGUGGUGCGACCUGCCCCUCGGUCGUCGUCAAGUCUCGCCAACCUCAUGUCAGUGGAGGUGCUCGUCCCCAAACCCUUGCCCACUGUUACCAUUGCGACAACCAGCGCUGCCCCGGCCACCAGCAGGGGGAUGAAGGAACUGAGGACCACAUCGGCCCGACAGGGAGGGUCGUCCUCCUCCAGUCGGGGUCCCGAGGCCGGCUCCAGAGCCUCCACGAACGAAGGACCAGUUCUCCACCGGGGAGUUUCCCCCAGUCGCCAGCAGCAGCAACAUUUCCAAGGACAGCUGGCCCCAGGCCAGGAUAUAAAAUUACCUGCGAGGGAGGUUGCUGGAAAGGGUGGAUUUGCACGAUGUUACGAGCUGCUCAGCCUGAAGACCUACACAGUGUACGCUGGCAAGAUCAUCAGCAAGAGCAGAAUCUGCAAACCACAUCAAAAACAAAAGAUCCUCCGUGAGGUGGACUUGCAACGAGACCUCAAGCAUAGAAACGUGGUGGAGUUCAUCAGCUACUUUGAAGACGAUGACAACGUGUACAUCAUCUUGGAGAACUGCAGCCGAAAGUCACUGGUGCAUGUGCUGAAGCACCGAAAAUGUCUAACGGAACCAGAAGUGCGUUACUACAUGCAGCAGCUGGUAGAGGGAGUGCAGUAUGUUCAUGGCCACCGCAUUAUCCACCGAGAUCUCAAGCUGGGCAAUAUGCUGCUGAACGAGAACAUGGACCUCAAACUUGCAGACUUUGGACUGGCUACGCGAGUGGACUUUGAGGGAGAAAGAAAAAUGACAGUAUGUGGGACUCCUAAUUACAUUGCCCCUGAAGUUUUGCAGAAGAAGGGGCAUAGUUUUGAAGCAGACAUUUGGGCAGUGGGCUGUAUAAUGUAUGCUUUAUUGAUUGGGCGACCACCUUUUGAAACCACCACCUUGAAAGAAACUUACCUGCGUAUCACAGAGAAUAGUUAUGUGCUUCCGUCAUCCAUGUCAGCUCCCUGCCGAAACUUGAUUCGACGAUGUCUAAACAGCGACCCAAAACUACGCCCUCUCUUGCGUGAAAUCAUGGCUGAUGAAUUCUUCACUUGUGUAUUGCCCCGCACCCUGUCUCCAUCUUGCUGUACCUCUGCGCCAAAGUUUCCAUCACACCUUAAGACAAACCGACCUAUGUCAUAUGCAUUCCCUAAUGAAUCACGGUCUGAUCCCAUGGGUCGACUGGGUAAUGCACUAAGUCAAAUGCAACUCAAUUCAUGCUCAGAGAAUCUUUUGGAAGAAAAAGAGUUGGAGGUAAUUGAGAAGCGAUCAACACGCCAAUCACCAGUGUCCGAUAGCCACACUCCAACUGUGAAGCUUGUGUCUAAGGAAGUGACCUCAGACAUCAUGUCUAUUGACAGUACGGACUCUCCCCAUCAAAGAGAACAGUCAAAGCAGGGAUCUGCAGCCGUAUUGCUCGAUGUCCUUUCAUCCUGCCUGGACCAUAUGCCAAAAGAUUGUCGCCUGCACCCAUCCCCAGUGAUUGACAGCAACAUAGUCUGGGUGACGAAGUGGGUGGAUUACUCCAACAAAUAUGGAUUUGGCUUCCAGUUGUCAAAUGAUGCUUUGGGUGUCCUUUUCAAUGAUACAUCGAGAAUCCUCAUGUCACCUGAUGGACGGUCAAUCCAGUACUGUGACUUGACAGGCAAGCUGACACCAUUUACUCUGGACAGUGUACCAGACGAGCUUGACCGCAAGACAACUUUGCUACAAUACUUUGCUCGGUAUAUGGAUGAGCACCUUAUUCAGGGCGGAGACCUAGAAUGUUCUCAGCAUUCUGACCCUGGAUGGCCUUCUUCACUUUAUCUCAAAAAAUGGUUCCGUACUACCAAAGCUAUCGUCUUGUAUCUCAGUGAUGGGACCUUGCAGGUUAACUUUUUUGAGGACCACACGAAGCUCAUCUUGAGUCACGUCAAGAGUGAUUUCAUGGUGACCUUCAUCGACCCUGCCCGGUGCGCAAAAACUUACAACUUGUGUCACAUAAUCCAUGAAGGCUGCCAGGCUGACAUUGUCGAUCGGAUGGCAUUUGCACGGUCCAUGCUGAAGAACUUGGUGGAUAUUGAGGGAGCAGAUAUAUAAAAUUUGUUUCCUUGUUUUGUUCGAAGAGGAGUUGAUUGAAAGUCAUUUGCCCUUCUAAUGUGCUUGACAUUUGAUCAAGUAGUGUGUCGAUGCAUUGCAACUUCUUUGAGUCAUCAUUGUGCUGCAAGGACUUCCCUUACCACCAUACAAAACAGCAAAAGUUUCACAGAAGUGGCCCACUGUAAUAAGUAAUUAGCAGUCAUCUACUCGAGCAAUAUUCUUCUCUACAAAAUAUCACGAAGUUGAAACAUUGAUCUGCCAUCAGCUCUCGUCACACAUUUUGUGGACAUCACAAGGCCACCAAAAAUCAUGUCAUGCUGAACCAUUUUUGGGUUUGUUGGUGAACAAUGCAUUAGGCUUAGUGGGAUAUUUGCUUGUUUUUUCCGUAUUUUUAUUUCUGUUUGCUUACUAAAGCUGGGCUACCACUCUAACUCAGUAUGUUUCUGCUUCGCUCAAGACCAGUCAAAAAUGGAUGAGACAUUCCAUGUUAUAUUCACACUGAUCAACUUUUGAUGAAUUACUUGGCCACUGAAGGCUAUUGACAUGUACACAUAGCCAAUCAUUCUCAGAGGUCAAACUGGGCAGCCAUUGUUCGAUCACCAUUUUUCGAGACAACCUGUAUUAACUCGAACUCGGAAAGUAAAAUAUCUCGUCAUAUGCACAAACAUAUCCACCAGCAAUUAAACAUCGUCUGGUUUGGGAACUGAAACAAGAAUCUGUGUUUUUUAUCAACCAUCCUAUUUCCCAGAACUGAUUAUUGAAAUGUUGUCACAAAUGUGCUAAACAGAUAAGGAGGAAACUAUAAUUUGUUGUCUUGCGGAGACAGACUGGAUCAUUUUACAGGAUGCUACAGAGUGUUUCAUAGCACAGUUAACAUAUUCAGACAAUGUGUUUGACAGUGUGACUAAUAUUCAUGUAAAGUACAGAAGUUUGUCUUAGGUAGUAGGGAAAUGACAUUUAUUUUUAAAAAGUUAGAGAUAAUUUAAUAUUCUGCCUCUGCCAUUAAAAAUCAAUGGUGCAGUAGUAAGAUUGCAAACCAAAGGGAUACAACUCAAGGGUAAUCCUUGCCCCAGGUCCACAUCAGCUUUUGAGUGGCACUCAGUGCUUCGAUUCACAAAGAUGGAAAGAACAGGAUGAGUUAGGACUAAAGAAUUUUAUUUUAUUAUUACGAUACUUUCUGAAAUUUUAAAAAAGUUGUGAGCAUCAUGAGGUGGUUGCAUUCCAAACGAAACCUUCAACAUUAUUAUUAUGGUUUUACUAUUGAUACACCAUGAGAGAUUAUGCAGGUAAGAGAAAAUUUAAUGUUUUAAAUUUAGAGUUUAACCAUGCCAGACAUUAAGUAGAAGAAUUGUUCUAAAUGAACCAUGUCUCUCUCCUCUUUCAAAGAUGAUAAUCUGGGAAUGGUAAGAAAUAUUAGUCCAACUUCAUGGGGCUUUGUUUUAUAACAAAUUAUUUUUGGGGAUGAGCACAAACAUUCAUCCAGUGCUUAUUAAAGAUCUCUGUAUAAAAAAAAGAUUUAUUGAAUGCUUAUGUGUACAUACAUUGUUGAUUGUGUUCUCCUGCUAUACCUGUCUCAUCGUCUUCCCAUUAGAGAUAAACUCUUGUUUAAAUGCUGAAAUCUUGCUUAAUCAAUAUACAAAGUGACCGGCAAGUAAGUGAAUUACAUUUAUUGCUACAAUUUUGUAAUUGUCUGAACGCUGGAUGCCAACUGGUUAUUGGGGACCAACAAAUGUACAGUCCUUUGUAAGCCCUUAUAUAAAGGUGUUCCAUUUUCAUAAGUAAAAUGAAUAUUCUGUGAGUGAAAGAGAGAGAGAGAGAAAGAAGAGGAGAGACAUUUAUCUGUACAAAAAUUGUGUGAAGUAUUUUUAUCAUCUGGCAAUUCUGAUCUCAGUAUGUAGCCCUUCAGUGUGAAUUCUCAUGUUGAUAACACUGUAUAAAGUUGGUCUCUUUGUAUUUCUUAAUCAGUGUUUUGUGAGAGGGAGAACAUGAUACAAAAGAAUUAUGUAUCAAAGUUUUUGCACUACCUUAUCAGCCCUCAAACUCGACCCUGCUUGCAAAUUCUGAUAGCAGCUCUCUUGUGCAGUUUGUGUUGCCAGGGGCUGUGCUCCAUAUCCCUGAGAUGUUAACAGCGCUUAUGGGCAAAUUCGUGCUCCACUGACGUAUCACACACCAGUUUGUGUGUGCUUUGUUUUACAAACUACACUGAAGUGCACUUAGUGUGGCCUCUGAGUAACUGUUAAAACACAAGAUUCCACCAUUUAGGUAUUUUGAAAUUAACAACUGUCUAAUAAGACCCAGUAGCAAAUCACAUGUAUGUAGAGAUGCAAGAUGUCCUGGGCAUUUCAUCAUGAAAUCAUUCUCAUUUUUUAACUUAAAAAAAAAAAGCCUUUAUGGUGUAAACUUCACGUGCCUUGAUAUGUUUCCUUUUAAGAUAUGAUGUUUAACAUGACUUGAAUGUCAUUUUCAUUCAGGAAAUCCAUAAACAUUGAAUGAUGCAUGCUGCUGGUAGCUUCUACAAUUGAAAUGUGCACAUUGCCAGUCGGAGGUGGUAUAGUGAGCCCAUAUGUAGGUUAAGUUUUCCCCGUUAUUUAAAUCGUUAUACCACCAUUAGACGCUCAACAAGCAAGCUUGACUAGAAUUAAGUUACUGACUUGAUCUCAGUUUUACCACCUGUGAGACUGAAAACACUGAAAAAUAUAACUGUAGUUUGUUCAUAGAAGAGAAAGAAGAAAUGGAGUCAGUAAAAGACAGCUCCCUAUGCAGUUUGAGCUGUGAUUAUAAAAAGAUUUGUGAACAUUUUGUUUCAUUUUAAAACUGAUGUUAAUUAAAAUUAAUCAUAGGCCUUACCAGUAGUUUUAAGAAACAUUGCUCAUUAAGUCAAGACGAAAGCCAAAUUUGCCUUACACAGGACUGUUUCUGAAAAGAAUUCUAAUCCGAAAAAUUUGCAACUGCUGUAUUGUAAUACUAGUUUUGGUGUAACUUGUAACAAUGUAAAACGUAUUGUGUAUGUGAAGUAGAUACUUCACCUGCUUAUGAGAAAAUCCCUUUAAAAGGUUAUAUCAGAAUAUUUUUAACAUGAUUUUGAGUUGAAUUCUGUUGCAAGUUUAUAUUUCAUUGGUGUGCAUUCUUUUAUGUGUCCUUUGUACAUUUCUUAUUUCAAAAAAAUGUAACAAAUUCAAUUCAAUCACUUGAACUUUUUUUCAUAUUGUGCUACUCUUUUUCCUUGCUUCGUUUGGUAAGAAUCUGAGUACAAGUUGUGCUGAUGGUUUUGCUUUUGUUAACUUGAAAGGACAAAAUGAUGACUCAUCACUUAGCAUUUUACAAAAAUUAUUUGAAUCAGUUGUCCUUAUUUUAACAUAUUAAGUUAAUGUCCUUUUACACAUUUUAAUGAUACUUCUGCUUUGAUGCACCUUUGCCUUUGAUAAGGAUAUACACAGUUUUGGAAAGCCCAGCCUUAAAAAGAAUUAAUAUCCUAUUUCUUCCAAUCGAUGGGAGAUUCAUGCUUUAUAAGAACUGAAUGUGAAAGAGCCUUGAUUUAGUGCUGAGAGAUUUUUAAAGUGCAGGAUAAGAUUUGCCUUCAUUUUGUCAGUUUGUUGUCCGGAGGAUCAAUCAUGUAAAACAUUUUGAUACUAAUGGCUGUCCAAAAGAAAAUUGAGUGUUCUGUGGGGUAGAAGUCUCCUUCAUUUUUCAUUUGAUUUUAGAAACCUGCAGUUCAAUGUACAUGCUUAUUUCAUACUUAAUUGCUGGCCAUGAUCUUUCACUUAGUUAGAUGUUUCCUUUAUGAAGAGAGCAGUUGAUACUUGUUCCAACUCUCCCAUGCACGUUCAUCAGCAUUUGAAGCAAAGAACAGGUUGGCACUGUCAGAAUAACAGCACUGUAUUGGAUCUUUAAAAUGAUAUGAGUCUGCUGAAGUAAAUGAUAAACAUGUCUGUAUCCUCAACUCACUGGACCUGGGCCACGUACUUUGUAAUUUGAUAUUACAACUGCUAUUGUGUUGAUGUGAAGUGAUCAAAGAUCACUAUCCCAGGCCCAGUGUGUUAAAUUCUGGAUGGACCAUAUGUAGAACAGAACCAAGCUGAACUCCUCCUUGCUUUAAUGCUUGUGUUGAGAUUUUAUGUGUAUAUAGAUAUUUAUGGUAUAAUUCGGGGCAUUCUGGGAGAGAAUUUUUCAAGUCCUGUUUCCUAUGCAAAGGGAAUGAAUUGUUUUGCAAACAGGGUACAUAGUGUUACGUAAGCAAGAAAAGCAUCCAUACUUUUAAUAGCAUGUAAAGUCUUUGCUUUUUGUCUAUGUAUUAUCACUACUAUGUCAGCUUGAGAAGCAGUGGUUAUCACAUGUUUUUCAUGACAAAAGAGGAAUGUAGGUAGUGAUAAUGAAACGGCAUCAUCACAUUCUAUGCAACAGAAUACGCAGUUUGUAGCAUUUGCAGUGUACGGACAGAAUAACUUUCUAAAACCUUGGGCAGUUUCUGAUGAUGAUGAUGAUGCAAACCAAGAACAAUUGUCAAGUGGUGAACCAAAUCUAAUUUGUGAAAAAACUUGAAAAACAUCACUGCAUGUUGUAGAGACUUUUAAAGUUUUGCAUUCAGUACUCCAAAGAAUAAUUUGAAGAACUGCAAUCAUCUCUUAGAAUACUUCUGUACAAGGAAGCCUAAUUUGUAAGGUUAUGUGUGGGAGACUGAAAAUGUAAUUUACAGAUAAUGUUAGUUUGUUUUUUGUUACUAUAUUCCUGGUUUGCACAGAUUGACGACAUUCCCAGUCAUGUAAAAUGCAGUACUGGUUGUAUGUUUCAAGUAUUCCAUUUUUAAUUGUCAUUUUUGAACGCAUGUAGGUGGCUGAAGCAAAAGCAUUGCUGAUUCAUGCUUUUUGUACAUAAAUGUACAUAAAAUGUCAACAAUGAAUACACAUUUUGAUAAAAAUCUUCAUUAAAUUCUUAUUUUAAAAUGAAUAUAAACUGCACCGAAAAGUUUAAGACCAACUGUUCUUUCAUUACAUUUCAAAAUUUUUGGAAAAAAAUAAAAGUAUAAAAAACAUGGAAUAUUCUUAUGUGCAAAUUCUUUAGCAUGUUUUUCAGGGACUGCUGACCUGUCUUAAUGCUUAAUCAUGUGUCAUAUUAUUUUGAGUAGGGAGGACACUUAUUCCUUAUCAAAUCAUUAUGCACCAAUAGUUGUUUCCUCAGAGCUUUUGCCAAAAUUUUGUCACCUUACAAAGCAUGUUAGCCACGUGAAAUCUAAAAACAAAGAUUAACUCUGCUUCAUUUCAUAGUUCAUAUUUCCCUCUUCCUGUUCAAGAGUUCCAUAAAAAAAUUCACUAUAUAUUAAGUCAAAAAAAAACGUUCCUCAGGCAAAGUUCAAAGAAAAUUAUGUAUAAAAAGUUGGCUCCUCACACUGAAAAUUAUGUAUAAAAAGACUGGCUCCUCCCGACUUCAUCUGGAGAAUCUUUGUUAAAAAAAAAAAAA